ACGAGAAAGACGUGGUGAACGGUUAAAUUUAUUUUUCGUUUUCUUUAAUGCCAAUUAAAAUAUAAAAAAGUGCAUUAGAUUAACAAAAAAUAAUAAUAAAUUCAUUGAAAAUUUUGUCAAAUUAUUCUGGUUUUUGUCCGAAUAAAUUGCUUUCGUUACAUUUGGAUAAUUUCUAAAUAAAAUAUUUAAAAAGGAACCUUGUUUUAAAUUUUUCAUUGCUGUAGAAGAUAAAAAAAAAUCUAGCAAGAAAGAGAUAAAAAUUCAAGGAAAAAUCGAUUUAGAAUAACGUCGUAAAAAGACAGCGUUAAAGAAUAAAGAAAAGGAAUAAAACAAAAACAACCAAAACAAGAAAAAAAGAAACAACUUACGUGAGGUGAUAAAAUAAAAAUUGGGUGGAGAUUCAUUAAUUUUGUUUUGUUGUCAAGAUUUCGGGUUUGAUUGAGGCAUCAUAAUAAACAAUUAAAUAGAAAUAGAAGAAACAAAAAAAGCAACAACAUGGCUGAUGUAGAAUCUUCAAGUGCUGUCCAACAGCCACCUUCAUCCACUACCAGUGGUCAUAUUAUACCCUUAUUGGCUGCAGCUGAAAUUUUAAAUGACAACAAUACUGUCAUGCAGCAGCAACAACAACAAUCUGUAGCUCAGUCAGCUACUAUUUCAUUAGCAACUGGUACUGCAUCUGGCAUGGCCUCCGCUUUAAUACGGGCUUCUUCAGCCUCCACUUCGGCCAGUUUGACACAACAGAACCAAACAUCGAACGACAAUAAUGGUUCUGGUAAUAAUUCCUCUAAUAACACAACAACAGCAACUACCACCACCCCGACAACAACUGCUGAUGCUAAUGAACCUCUAGCAAAAAAGCAAAAGCUUGAUCAUCCGUCAACAUCGUCGUCAUUGGCGGUGCAAUCAGCUGCUUAUGAAAAACUUGAAAGUCGUUUGGGUGGUAUAUUAUGUUGUGCGGUGUGUUUGGAUUUACCCAAGACAGCUAUGUAUCAGUGUCAAAUGGGUCAUUUAAUGUGUGCUGCCUGUUUUACACAUUUAUUAGCUGAUGGACGUUUACGUGAUCAAAUUGCCACUUGUCCCAAUUGUCGUGUGGAAAUUUCCAAAAGCACUGCUUCUCGCAAUUUAGCCGUUGAAAAGGCGGCUUCUGAACUGCCUAGUGAAUGUCAGUUCUGCAACAAAGAAUUUCCCUAUAAAUCAUUAGAUCGCCAUGAGCAACAUGAGUGUCAAGAACGCCCCACUAAAUGCAAAUAUUCCAGAAUUGGUUGUCAAUGGCGUGGACCGAAUCAUGAAACUUCUGAACAUGAACGUAGCUGUUUGCAUCCCACCAAAUCUGGCUAUGAAGUAAUGGCAGCUUUAGAGGCUCACGAUGCUAAAAUCAAAGAAGAAAAGAAAAUGUUCAGUACCCUAAUAGAUCUCUUGAGUUAUGAAAAAAUUAUCUUUAAUGAUUUACAAAUGAAGCCCUAUCGCACCGAUGAGUAUGUGCAUAAACUUUUCUACGAGACAGCUAGAUUUUCAGCAUUUAAUCAUCAAUGGGUUGUUAAGGCUAGAAUAAACAAUAGCCAACGAGAUCCUCAUCAAUCCAAUGAUAGAACCAUUACUUAUCAGCUUAUAUUAAAAACUAAAACUAGUACUCCUAUGAGUAUACAUUUCUUUGCUUUGAAAGGACCCUUCUCGGACAUGAAAGUUGGUACACAAAUUUAUAAGCACGAUUUUACAGAACAGAGUACCGAAAGUGAUUAUUAUACUUUACCCUUACCCGAUAGCAAUGAAUGUAAUCGUCUGCUGUCCAACAAAGGCAUUAAUUUCCGUCUCUUGAUGUUUUUGCUUAAUAAAUAAAUCUUUACCAUAAUUAUUAGAUUAGUUUAAUUUUACUAUAUUUAAGCAUUCUUUUUUUUGUAUUUUAUUUUAUGAAAAUUUUGUUGUCUUCUAAUGUUAACUAAAACACAAAAAUGUAUGUACUUUAUUUUAAAUAAUCGAAUAAUGAAUGAUGAAUUAUUGAAAAAUAAUAAAAAUUUAUAGAUUUUAACUACAAUAUUAUAUAACAAAAAGAAGGAUACAAAACGGCAUUAGUUAUAUAUAUAUAUAUAUAGAUAAAGAUAAAUGUGUACAAAUGUUUGAUUACACGAAAGUAAAACGAUGUGGAUUCGAUUUACAAAAAUAUCUAUGAGGUUGCGUUUAGAUUUUCAAAAUAAUUUCCCAAUAGCUAUUUAUGGAAGGUAAAUUUCAUUUGAAACAUUUUCUGAAAUUAUAUAUGUAUGUACAUAUUUAAAUGCUAGUUGAACAAAUUUUACCUCAAAUUUUUGAGGUUACUUAAAAGUUCAACUAUUAUUUAGAAUUCAAAUAACAAUUUUUGUAAAAAAGCAUAAAGCAAAAGUUGAAUAAUAAUUAUUUAUAAAUUAUAUAACUCAGUGCCGCAGUUUUAUUUUUGUUAAAAUUAAUUUUUUUUAUAUAGACAAAACAAAAAUCUAUUUCAAACCUUUUGCAGCUUAUUUAAUUAACACACUUACUUACAUACAUCUUAAAAUUUAUGUGUAAUCUAAACUAAAUAUAUAAUUAAUAAGUGUUUAUAAUGAAGUUAAAAUACAUAUACAUAUAUAUUUUAAUACAUACAUAAUAUAAUAUAUAAUUUUUCUUUUUGUAUAUUUUAAUAUAUAUUCAUACUUGCAUAUAUAAUAAUAUGUUAAUUUUUUUGUUGCAAUAAAUAUCCAUUAUUUUUUUUAUUUUUUAAAACAUGACUAGUUUUACACCAUCUUUUUAAAGACAUUAAUUUGUUGUUUAAAACCCAUAUAUAUUGCUAAUAAAGAACUUAUACUCCAUACAAAUUAUAUAAAGAAUGAUGUUAAACAAUUUUUGUUUGAUAUUCACUUGUAAUUUAUGUAAAACUAUUAACAAUACAAAAACUAAUUAACAAUACAUUAAAUAUGUAAUAAAUUUUAACAAAACAUCAAGUAUAUAGAUCUCAAACACAACAUAAAAAAGUAAACAUAAAUAAGCUCUUACCAAAUAUUUUAAUUAAUUUUAAAACUAUAAAGUAAACGAAAAAAGAUGAAUGAAAGAAUAUUUAAUCUAUUUCACUGUAAGAAUAUCUCAACACCAAAAUAUAUUUUUAAUUUCAAAUCUAACCAAAAAGGCAUUUCAAUAUUCCUUUUUAUUUGUGAAGCAAAAUAUAAAUGAACACUGUAAGACACAACACCAAUCUGUUAUAAUUUAAGCCAUAACAAAAAUUAUAUAUGUACUACAAACAUGCAUACAUGCUCCAAAUCUAAUCAAUCAUACACCUUAGACCAUCUCUUGAAAAAUUUUAUUGAGGAAAAUCUAAAAAAUCUUAAAGGAUCUUAAAGUUGUUUAUUUAUAGGAUUUAUGCAGUAUGAGACAGUCUUAUAUACUAACUAUACAUUCAUACAUAUAUUAAAAAAGUAACGAAAAAAACAAUACAAUUUAACUUUUAACAUUUUAAAAUAUAAUAAAUUUAAACAACAGCAAAAUCAACUAAACCAAACAAAAUCUCUAUGUGUAUGUAAAAAACUGUAACAAAUUUAUAAAUAAAAUAAAUAAUAUCUAUAUUAACUAUAUAUAUGUAUGUAUAAAUAAAUAAAUAAAUUUUAUAUUUUAUUUAUUUAUACUUCAAUUGAUACAAAACUAAUCUCAUUAACUGAAUAUAUAUAGCAAAAUCAAUCAUAAAAGUAUAUACUUACCUAUAUACUCCUUAAAUUUAUAUAAAAAAGUAAUAAUAAUAAUUAAAACCAAACUUCACCUAGCCUUAAGGAUUUGUCAUACAUACAAUACCUACAUAUAAAAUGAAAAUUAUUUCUUGUUAUUUUCUCAAAGCUAGGUAAUUUUUUUUAAAAAACAAGAUUUAAGUUCUUUAUUAGCAAUAUUACAUGUUUUUCAUAACUGAGCUAUUUUUAUUAUUAAUUAUAUUUACGUUCUAUAUAAAAUAGUAAUUUUAAGUUAUCUCUAAUAAAAUAUAUUAGCAACAUUGAUAAUACAAUA